AACUGUCAAACAACUCGAGAACUGUCACUUAGUCCAAUUAGUGCUUUUUUCCUCUACACAACAGACUCUGUCCAAUUGAGGGGGCCAAUCCACAUCAAAACAGGAUUUCCAGCCGUCUCAGUAGCGAAUGUGUACGUGCGCAAUACCCGUCGGUGUGCGUACGAGUGAUAAAUGUGUACGUUUUUAAUGUCGUCCGAUUCGCCAUAGCUGGAAGGGAGGUGCGCCGCCGAUUUGCUGCUUCUGCUGUCAGAAGACGAAACCGUCGAUAAAGAUUUUGUUGUGGUCGCUGCCGUUGAAUUUUCUGCCGGAUCUCGCUGUUCUUAGGCCGCCGCGACCGUCACAAACCAUACACCAGUGGAAUCGCGUGCAGUGCAAGGGUUUGUCGGUUGAAAGUGUCGUGCCCGCGGACGCGGUCGUUGUCGCCGAUAAUAUCGAGAAAACAUAAUCACGCAAAACUCAUCCUCCGCCGAUUCGCAAUCUCAAUGCCUGGCGAAAACAGGCGGCGCAUUCGUGGAAAUUUCUGGUGAACGGAGAACAUGAGUCAAAGUCAAUCGCAAACGCAGCAAUCGCAAAAUCCAUAUGGGCCGCGUGUUGUAACGAUUUACAAAACAGAAACGGGUUUCGGUUUCAAUGUUCGCGGCCAAGUGUCCGAGGGCGGACAGCUCCGCUCGAUAAAUGGGGAGCUGUACGCCCCAUUGCAGCAUGUAAGUGCCGUGCUGCAAAAUGGUGCAGCCGAGAAAGCUGGGAUUAAGAAGGGCGACCGGAUACUGGAAGUGAACAAUGUGAGCGUGGAAGGAGCAACACAUAAGCAAGUCGUUGAUUUGAUAAAAUCAGGCGGCGAUUGUCUGACACUGACAGUCAUAUCAGUGACGCCACAGGAAGCCGAACGUCUCGAGCCUCAAGAAGAUCCUGGUGGAUACUCAUACAUAGACUACUCAGAAAAACGAUCGCUCCCAAUUAGCAUACCCGACUACAACAUCGUCACACGAAAUGGCGAACGUUUUAUUGUUUUCAAUAUCCAUAUGGCCGGUCGACAAUUAUGUUCGCGACGUUAUCGUGAAUUCGCCAAUUUGCAUUCGGUGCUACGUAAAGAAUUUGUUGGAUUUAAUUUUCCAAAAUUGCCUGGCAAAUGGCCAUUUCAAUUAAGUGAACAACAAUUGGAUGCCAGACGUCGAGGUCUUGAACAGUAUUUGGAGAAAGUUUGUGCUGUACGUGUAAUAGCUGAGAGUGAUGCUGUACAGGAUUUUCUUACGGAUUCAGAGGAUGAUUUGUCAGCGUCACCGGUCGAUAUUAAAAUUAUGUUACCGGAUCACGAAGUGGCCACCGUGUCCGUUAAGAAAUCGGCAAGUGCCCAAGCUGUUUGGGAUCUUCUAGUUCAACGUGCUAACUUUACAUCGUAUACACAGCAAUAUUUCUAUUUAUUUGAAAUUGUAGAAUAUAAUUUUGAAAGAAAACUUCAACCACACGAAAUUCCGCAUCAGCUCUACGUUCAAAAUUACAGCACUGCCUCCAGUACGUGUUUAUGCAUAAGACGGUGGCUUUUUUCAGUUAGUAGAGAAUUACAACUACCAGAUGGCGAACAGGCGGCUAAAUUUAUAUUCUAUCAGGCAGUAGAUGAAGUGAAUCGCGGUAACAUCCGUGCUGACGGCCGACUAUAUGAAUUGAAAGCACUGCAAGAUGCAAAACGAGCAUCCGAGUAUUUAGCGUUAGCCAGAACAUUACCUGGUUAUGGAGAUGUUGUAUUUCCACAUUGUUCUUGUGAUAGUCGAAAGGAGGGACAUGUUGUACCAAUAGUUGGUACGAAAAGUUUUAGAUUACACGCGUGCCGCGAAGAUGGUGCACUAGAAGCUCAAAUGGUCGAAUUAACAUGGGACACAAUUACACGAUGGGAAAGUGACGAUGAAGCUAUGGCGUUUUGUUUCCAAUAUACUCGCAACGAAAAAUCACCGCGAUGGGUCAAAGUCUACACACCAUAUCAUGCCUACCUAGCAGAUUGUUUCGAUAGGAUAAUGGAAGAACGUAAAUGGGACGACAGUGGCGAUUGACAAAAAUAAAUAUCAUACAAUUGAUAAAGUGAUAACAAAUAUAUCUUUAGAUAUAUAAAUAAUAGAAAACAUGAUCUGAUCUUAGUCUUAAAUUACUGAAUACAUUAUUUCUGUUUAUUAUUAUUUCUUUUUGUAUGUCUUGCUUUACUACUUUUCGCCUACCUACACUCAUAGUCUAGAAUACAAACAAAUAAAUGAAAUAGAUUAAAUUUUCUCUUUUCAUUUCUGUAUUAUUUAUUCUAUUGUGUAUCAUUUUAUAGAGAGAAUGAUUAAGAGCAAAACAAAACGAACAAAAAUAGAAACAGUAAAGUAAAUUGUAUGUACUAUGAACACGAAAAUACAAAAUAUCAAAUCACACUCGGCAAAA